GUGUGUAUUAUUUAAUGAUUUUUUUAAACAGCAGUAGCGUUAUGUCUCUAAAGCAACCACACGAAACUUCCAAACAGCGUACAACCAUGGGUAGCCGCUCCGCACUAGACUGAGCCAUGUGACGAGCAUCACCCGGGGGAUCACAAACUAUUGUAUUACAUGGCAAUGUCUGCUAGACUGUAUACAUCAAUUUUGAAUCAAUAGUUAGGUCUAGUCGGUUCUGUACAGAACUUGUCCCUAACUCCUGUUCUGAUCAAGUUUAGAUGAGAUAACAGCCUAUAAUAAUGAUGAAAAAUGACAUUAAAAGGCGUAACAUAUUGACAUUUUACUAGGUGUCAACAUGUUGACAAGUUACAAAGCAGUAUAAACAAUUCUCUCAUGUGUUCUAAAUCUAGUCACAAUUGCUGAAAUCUGCUGCACUAAUCUGCUGUCCGUUGCAGCUGAAGCAGAGCCAAACUGUAUGCUAGUCAAUAAUUUAGAUGAUUAAUUUUCAUUCACCUAUUUGUGAUAAUCUUCUUGUGAUAAAGUCCUCAUGUAAUGGGCCCAAAAUAUGUUGAUAAUAAAAAUACGGCCAUGUAUUCCAUUUCAAGUCUUUCUAUUUGCAUGAAGGAGGAGGGGGUAUUGUGGUGGGUUAACUGUCAUCUGCAGUUGUGUUGAUUGGUCCUCUAUAAAUGUAUGUACUGUGGGUAGAGUGCAUCUCUCACUGCAAUGGCAACACAAAUCAUUUAUUUCAUGGUGAGCGGGAGACCAGAGAAAGCAGAGUUUCGGGUCAACUGUUCCACUCAAGAUGUUAAAGAUCUGUUCCAGGCAGCAGCGGAAGCAGGUCCUAAUGACAUUCUGAAGUUGUAUAACUCUAGCGGUAACCUCAUCAACAUCUCUCCUCAACUGGAGGCCAAUAAUCCCCAGUCUACCUACAGUCUGGAGGUGGUGGCCUCAGACUACCACAAUACUGAUCUGACUAUGUCACUUGAAAUGGAUAAACUGGAGAAAAGGUUACAAAGUCUUGAGAGAAAGAUCUUCACAGAAACUGGAGCAAUACCAGAUGCUGUUUGUGAGUUAAAAGACCAAGUGGAGUCCUUCAGAAACAAACUUGAGAACGUGGACCACCUGAGUUGGCUGGGUCUUUUCAAAAACAUGUCUGAGGGGAAAGAGAAAUCCUACACUACUUCCAGAAGGACCGUGGCCAGUCCUAAUGAGGAGCGGGAGCGAGUCCGUCAAAAAUUCCUAGAGAUGAGCUCCCUCGAGAUCACAGAGGAUGUGAAGCAGUACCUAAAAACUCCAAUGUUCGACAACUGGCAAUGGGAAGAUGCAGAGAUGCUGGUGUUGCUGCAGGUGAUGUUCACUGAUCUAGACUUCAUGUCAACAUUCAACAUUGAGCUGGAGGUGCUUCAGAACUUCCUCUAUGAGGUCUACUGCCAUUACAACAACAUCCCCUUUCACAACUUCAGACACUGUUUUUGCGUCUCCCAGAUGAUGUAUGGACUGAUUUGGUUAACGGACCUGAGGAAUAACAUGGACAGUACUGAUCUCUUCAUCAUGCUCACCUCUGCUCUCUGCCAUGACCUGGACCAUGCUGGUUAUAAUAAUGUCUACCAGAUCAAUGCUCAAACAGAGUUGGCGUUGAGGUACAACGAUAUUUCACCUCUGGAAAACCAUCACUGUGCCAUUGCUUUUGGAAUCCUUGCAAAGGCAGAGAGCAACAUCCUAAAAAACCUGACCAAUGAGCAGUACAGAAGGAUUAGGGAGGGCAUGAUCCAAUGUAUCCUGGCUACUGACAUGGCCAGACACAAUGAGAUCCUGAACAAGUUUAAAUCUGCAGUGCCUGUGUUUGACUUCACCAACAAAGAGCACAAGGAUGUGCUCAUGAAGAUUCUGAUUAAGGUGAGUGACAUUUCCAACGAGGCCCGCCCCCUGGACGUGGCACGGCCAUGGCUUGACUGUUUACUCCAGGAGUUCUUCCACCAGAGCGACAUGGAGAAGCUUGAAGGUCUUCCUGUCUCUCCGUUCAUGGACAGAGACAAGGUGUCCAAGCCAUCGUCUCAGACAGGCUUCAUUGGCUUUGUGCUUCUGCCUCUUUUCACUGAGCUGACCAACCUUUUUCCCUGCCUGGAGAAACACAUCCUUGAACCAGUACGCAAGGCCCUGGACUAUUACAGGGAGAUGGAGAAAGCACUGGAACGGCAGAAUCAGAACCCAAGCUCUGAGUGAGGACUUUGACACAUCAUGGAAUGUGUGACAGUCUUAUAGUGAAUUAUUGCCAUGAGUGACAGUAGACAUUUUGGUAUACAGUAUUAAACUGAUUAAAUUAGAUUUGUUUGGAAUUUUACACAUGUAU